GUUAUGCGCGUUCUAAAUGAGCUCUCGUUGGCUAUGAAAACUUAUCAUAAUUGCUAUAAUGAAUUUUCUGUUUUGAGCGCUAAACUUCAUAAUGCUGAAGAACAAAAAAGAAAAAUAAUGGAGGCAAAUAGUUCACUACGAAAGCAGAAUUCUAUACAAAAAACUUUUGAAAAAAGAAAUGAAAAAUAUGAAAUAGCUAGACAAAAAUGUAUGCGUGCUCGAAAUGAAUAUCUUCUUUGUAUUGAUGCGGCAAAUUCAUCUCUUUACAAAUAUUUUGCUGAUGAUGUAUCUAAUAUUAUUGAUUGUGAAGAUUUGGGAUUAGACUGUUGGCUCCGCAUGAUUCUUCAAAAUUUAAUUUCUGCGAGAAAAUCAGCGUGUCAAUCGGAAAUGAAUGCACUUGCAAAUCUGAGUGGAUUUCGUGACUCUUUGCAAUCGAGAGAUGAUAAACAACGAUUUUUUGAAAGCAGCAAUCAAACAUUUAUGUUGCCAAAAAGAUUUGAUUUCAAAUGCGAGCAGAGCGAAACAAUUUUUGAAAUUUCAACAAACGAUUUAAGAGAAGAAUUUAGACAACGUCAUAAUCAAAUAAGAAAACGUUUAGAAAUUUUGAGAAUGGAAUCUGAAGGAAGUUGGCAAAAAUUGGUUGAAAUGGAAAAGAAAAUGCAAGAAUUACUUGCUGUGUCUACAAUUGUUGAGAUUAAUGAAUUUGGAAUUUCUGAUAAAAGGCCAUCUACUGAAUUGGUGGAACAGGAACUUAGCAAUAUUUUUGAAUCUUAUUUACAAUCAUUCACAUUCUUUCUUCUCAAUGCUAAUUUAAUCUCUCGAUUAGAAGCUAGAGCUAAUGGAAUCAAUAAUGGAUUAAAAUGUAGAAAUAUAAAUGUGGCUUCAUCAAAACAAAAUAUUUCUGACGGUGAUAGAUUGAAUGGUAAUUCUUCUAUUGAGAAAAAAUCCGACACCGACGGAUCUGAAAUCGAGACAAUAAUUCAUCAAAGACCAAAAAGAAGAAUUGGGUCUCAAACUUCAACAGAAUGCCAAUUUUCUUCCCCUUGGACAUUACGUCCAAAGUUAUUUGGAGAUGGCACUGGGGAACAAAUUCCUCUUGUUGUUGUAAGCUGCAUUCGAGCGCUUUCUCUAUUUGCACUACAACAUCAAGGAGUAUUUAGAAUUAGUGGAUCUCAGAUUGAAAUAAACCGGAUGCGUGAGGCUUUUGAAAAUGAUUGUGCAAAAUAUCAUAAAAUCUCAGAUUUUAUUGCCCAAAUUAGACCCUUAAUAAGCAAAUUGCCUCGUUCUUCAUAUAUUCUUCUUCGAUUUUUAUUUGCAUUCCUUAAACAUUUAAGUGAAUUUAGUGACGAAAAUAUGAUGGUAAUUUAUCAAAACUCUGUCAAUGAGGUCAUUAAAAAUUUAAUAGUCCAUUGCAAUGAAAUAUUCGACGAAAAAUUGCCUGGACCUAAAUAUGAAAAGUACAACCUUAAUAGCGGUUUAGAUACUCCAGCAGAUACAGAAUUGGAAUUAUUUGUUGACGAUGAAUCAGGUAUCGAUGGAUUAGAUGGCGAUGGAAAACAAUGGAGUUGUGGAAGUGUUGAAGCUUCGCUAUUUCCUUACAAUUAUAAAAACCCCCAAAAUAUAGUGCCUUUUUUGGGACGUCCUAUUCAACUUCCCAAUUUCUGUGAACAACCACAAUUUGCUGAAACAAUAAAUGAAAGAGAAUUGAAUUUUUUAAAUAGUGAAGACUUUAAUCAAACCGGGUGUAUUACAAGUCCAAAUGCAAAAAAUAGAGCAACUUCAAGAGAACAAAAGUUGACAGCUACGGGGAGACGAGAAAUACAACCCGAGAAAUUCAAUGACGACUUUUACACCAAAUAUUCUUUAGAAGGUAGUUUUUUAGUUAACAAUGGGGGGAAGCAUAUUAAUUGUUUUAACUAA